AUGUCGUUGGAACUUGAACAGGAGCCGCACACACAGCUUUCGCAGGAGCUGCAAAAAGUUUUAUUGACAGCAGAGUUCGCUGCGACUCGAGAUGAUGACUAUACGCCUGGAGAGACUGGCGAUGGCCUGAUGUGCCUGAGCGACCAGACAUUUGAAAAGUGGGUGCCGUAUCUGAGGCAGGCCGUGGAAUCUGACCGCCUGGAUGGCGUAGUAGAGGAGGUGUACAGCUCGGUGGAGGAGAACUUCCAGAAUUUUGAGACACAGAUCCUUCAGGACUCGCAGGUGAGUGAUAACUUGAGCUCCUCAAUUGAUGAGAUUGAGCGGAUCCAGAACCUGGCGGAAUCUUACCUGCAAGGGCAAGUGGCAGAUCUACAGGCGCAGCUAAGCGCCUCGACCAACGAGGUAGUGUCGAAGAAGCGUGCGCUCACCAGCAAUCGGCGCACGUCGAUCAAGAUAUCUGAAUCGAUCAUCCUUAUUGAGAAGAUAUUUCAGAUGCUGGAGCUGACAAAUAAGUGCCAGGAACUCAUCAGGGAUGGCAACUUCUACAAGGCGCUACAAAACCUGGACAAGUUGGAGCGCAUAUACAUUCACGACUUCAAGAACUACAAGUUCGAGUUUCUGGCUGUCAUCUAUAACUCUAUCCCCAAGCUUAAAAAUAUAAUAAAGGAUGAGAGUAUCAACCUGAUCAAAAAGUCUCUGAGCUCUAAUUUGGAAAAGACACUAAGUCAGGUAGGACAAACUUAUUUCCAAGUGUACAAUGACCAGCUGUUACCGCAUUGGCUUGCAAUGAAGAAGGCUAUGAAGCUAAGUAACUACAAAUUCAAUUCACCAGUUGAAGUAUCCUUGCGUGACGAUUCGUUUUUGGCUGGCCUGAAGCUUGAAGACUAUUAUAAUCUGGACGAAUUUUAUGAUUCCAUCAUGAUAUUUGAAUCUUUGAAAGAGACUAAUUAUUUGUGUGAUGAAUUUACGAAGGAGUACGACUUCAGGAAGGUUAAGCUUGUCUAUCCAUUGGAUUGGAAAAGUACAACAACAAUGACCCAUAGUGCAAAUGAGCAAGUUGAUUCCUUUUAUCAACAGCUUUCGCUACCCUUUUUGAAAGAGUAUCUACUCAAGAUCCUUGGGUUUUUGCUAUAUGACAAGUUCUUGCAUAAGUCCACGGACUACAUCUUUGCUUAUAACACCUACACUACCACAGAGGAAUUUUGGGAACAGUUCAUGACCAAGGUUUCUCCACAUUUGUCGAGGUUCAUUAAGGAGAAAUUAACAACAGAAGACCAGCUGAUUGAAUUUAAAAAUUUCCUGGGAAUAUUAAUUGCCAUAUUGGAAAAUAUGAAGCUCAACAGUGAGUCCAUGUAUAAAAUUCAAGUUCAAGUGUUUGAAAAGUACUGUGGCCUUUUGAUUCAUGUUUUCGACAAAGAGUUCACUAAUCUGCUGAAUGAUGAUGAUUUCAUGCCUUUGCCGAUUUCAGACAGAAAUUUCUACGAGAAGGUGAUGAAGUUGUGCUGGAUGAAACCCGACAGCGUUCCUAUUGUCACCCAAGAUGAUGCAAACGGUUUCUCUGUCACCUUGCCGUUUUCCCCGCUAUAUCCAAUGACCUGCGCUUUAAUCAAGAAGUCAUAUGCUAAUAUGCUCCUAUUCCUAAAUACCUUUUUCCAGCAUGAUCUCUCCUACUUGAAUAUAGUACUGGUGAGGACAGUAGACGAUAUCUUUAUUAAAGUGGUUAACAACAAAAUAAGAUCCAAGUUAGAUACCACGUCCAGAGAGGAGAUUGCACAGAUUUUGAUCAACUUAGACUACUUUAUUGUAGCGGCAAAAGAGUUUAGUGAUAUCAUGACAAAAGAAAACAUCACACAGAAUCCAGAUAUAGAAAUAAAACUCUCCUCUACAAAGCAAUUGGCUGAUACCAAAAAGUAUGCGGAAACUAAGUUGAUAGAAUUGAUUGACAGUAAAGUCACCGAUCUGAUGGAAUUUGUGGAAUUGGACUGGACCACAGAGGAAGUCAGGGAUGAACCCGGGCUAUCUAUUCGCGACAUUGCUCAAUUCUUAGAGAUGAUGUUCACUUCCACGUUGGCCAAUCUACCGUAUAGCAUCAAGUCCCUUUUGAUUUUCCGGGAAUUUGAUCAGCUCACCCGCAAGUUCCUCGAACUUCUCGUUCACGAAUCUCCCUCUUAUAUUACCACACAGAGCGUUGCAAAUUUUGAGACUGACAUGAAGUUCCUGGAGAACGUCAUCUCCAAUAUAUUUCCUAACGAAAGCACCGAGCAGAAUGUAGAAAUAUCUCCUUCUACACCAACCACUCCGGUCGCAGACAGUUUUAAUGUCAAGAGUCCUAACAUGAUUGAAAGCAACGUCCGGUCUCUUUUCUCAACUUUUACAGACUUGAAUCAGCAUAUUCUUUUGAUGAAAUCAAACAACUUCGAUGAAUAUAAGGAUUCUAGUAUAAGGAUGCGGAAAUACCCCCGUAUCAAACCGGAAGUUGCGCAUUUGCUGAUGAACAAGCUCUCCAGGCCAACCACUGCUACCACUGAUGGUGACAAUACAACUGUGUCGGAUUAUAGCGUCACCAGUAAUGGCAGGUUCGCUAAAUUCUUCAACAGAGGUGGCUAA